AUGGCCAAGACACUGCUCGGCGCCUUCGCCCUGGCAGCGCUCCAGAUGCCCUCCACGCUUGCCUUCCGUAACACAUCGCCCUUCUUCCUCCUCUCCUCCGCCGACCUGCACAUGCCCAGUACUCAUGGCGCCAUUGCGGAUUCGUCAAGUAUCACUGCGCAGAUCCUCGAAGCCCUGAAGGAGUGCCCGACUCGCUCCUACAUGAUCCUCGAACAGCACGCUGUCUCCUCUGAUGACUUUGCAGACUCCCGCAACGCCCCACAACUGAGCAGGCUCACAAGCGGCGCGCAUCCAGACGUCAAGACCACUUUUGUCACGCCAGAGGUAAUCGGCCAGAUCGAUGUGGCAGCUAUUAGGAGACAUCUCCAGUCGCAUUGCGCGCCCAAGGAUGCAUCCACAGAUGCGUGGAUAGAGAGCCAUCUCUCGCAAGAGCUAGCCAAAUCUCCCAACCAGGCGCAUCGAAAAGAGAAGCUCAUCAACGAUGACGCCGUUCUUGGCGACUACGUAUUGGAGAGGGCAAAGGAGCGGGACUUUACCGUCAUCUACAUCACCACUCCGCAGACCGAAUCGCAAGCCAAGGUGCAGCUAGAACACUACACCUACGAAAGCACUUUUCCCGACUUUGUGCAGAUGGAGCUGAAGCGCGACCUUUCUGCACACGAGAAGCAACCGAGGACGGCCGAGGGCGGCCUUUUUGAACAGUAUCAGUUCUUCACGCCAGGAAUCUUCAUGGGAUUCGUUGCCAUCGUCCCACUCUUCCUCAUCCUCGUAGUCGGGAUUCGAGCCUUGACCAGCCUGGAGGUUUCAUACUUUGCUUUCAGCAAGGACAUGGGUCCCAAUGCGCAGAAGAGGCAACAGUAG